CUCCAUUUCUUUUUCAUUAUCAGUUAUUGGACCUUCAAAUUAAUUGGGCCCAAUAAAAUUAUCCUACUGGCCCAUGUGAACUAGCCCAAUUACUAGGCCCAUGAAGAGACUGAGGCCCAAUACGUUACCAGAUAUCACUCACGGUAGAUCGCUUCUAUAGCACGCCCCCCAAACACAUCGCUUUUAUGGUUGUCCGUACAAAAAGGCGCAGAAACAUUGGAUAAUCUUGGCGAUUCGUUCGACGACUCAGUCCCUCGGUCUGAGUCAACUCGCCCCUUAGACGAAGACAACGGUGGCUAGGUCGACUACAACUCACAGCAAUUCGACUCUUUCUCUGGCGGAGAUGAAGUUUUCGAUUCGCAUCAGCCCUUCAACGGACCCAGCGGAGAGUUCGAGCCGGAGGAGAAUGGGAAGGGGUUCAAUGGAGAGUUUCGUGGCCUGAUAUAAAAAAAAAAAAAAAUGGAGAGUUUGGUGGAUUGGACGGUCCGAUUUUGCCGCCUCUAUAGGAGAUGGGGACUGAGGAGGGAUUUGCCCUUAGAGAAUGGAGAAGACGAUAAUGAUUUAUCUUGUGGCUGUAUUGAUAUUCAGAGAGAAUGCAAUAAGAUUGGAGGAGAAGGAGAAGAGGGAAAAAGAGCUAUUGAGCCAAAUGAUUGAGGAAGCUGGUGAAUACAAGGUUGAGUUCUACAGGAAGAGGGAGGUCACCUGUGAGAACAAUAAAGUCACUAACAGGGAAAAGGAGAAGAUAUGUUCUCAAAUUUCACAUCUAUCAUUGUAUAUGGUACAGUGGAAGGAAGAGGACUUGUGUUAAUCAAUGGUAAGGAGUGCUUGUAAAAGUGUGAAGUUUCAUCCAUGUCAUGCUUUCAUAACUUCUUAAUGGGUAGAAUGUUAAUCUAAUCAGUAAGAAUUUGAUGCAUAUUAAGUCAUCCUUCCUGCAUCUGCUGCUCAAGGACUUGAGAAACUGAAAGAACUGCGUCUGGAUAAUUGUUAUCAAUUGGAAGCUGUUCUUGCAAAACAGCAAGAAGGAGAAGAAACCAUUGAGAAUUUGGUGUUUUCUCAACUAAGAAUGCUUUCACUAGUCGACCUUCCCAACCUUACAGGCUUUUGCACGGAUUAUACCUUGACUUUCAAAUGGCCAUCGUUGAAAAAGUGGAGGUGGUUCGCUGUCCCAAGAUGCAGAUGUUUGCUGCUGUCGUGGCUUCUGAUGGAGACUAGAACACGCCAAAUUUGAAGAUGAUAAAAGUUGAUGGUGUUGAUAUAAUGCUUGAUGGAACAGACGUAAACAGAGUCAUGCAAGGCCACUAUAGAGGCAAGGUAUACAUCAUCUUUAUAGUGCUAAACAUCAGAAUAUAUAUAUAUAAAUAUAUACACUUUU